ACGGUGCCAGCUGGGACAUUCUCUUACACUUAUUAUUACGCUUUACACACACCGACAACUCUACACAUGUUGCCCAAAUAGAGAUAAACACACACACGUGUAUAAUAUGUUAUGUUUCAUGCUCGUUAAUGGCAUUUACCAACGAAUAUUUGUUUACACUUUUCCUGGAGUGUUGUUGUUGUUGUGGCGACGCCAGCUGGAGCCUCGAGCCUCCCCGGCAAAUAUCAUAGAAAAUGGAAGAAAUACUGGCUUGGAAAUGGGACCCAUCACCUUCAUAUGACUAUCUCAACUUUAUACGUAUAGACAGCUUCCAGGAGAUAUUAGCAUUUGCUUUAAGAAGUGAUCAGCACUCUAUGGUAGUUGUGAAGGGAAAUGAACCACUGGCACACAAUUUGUAUCACUGCUGGACCAUCUUCAUACAGAAUAUAUGGAAUGCUGAAGUGAUGGUGGGAGUGGCAACAGAAAGUGCAGAUUUUACAGAUAACUGGAACCAAAGGUGCCGCAUAGGAAAGGACGAACAUUCUUGGGCUCUUUCUUCUGGAGGUUCUCUGUGCCACAACAAUAUUGCAAUUGUUCAUGAAGAUUACCGGUUCUUCCCUGGAGAUUUUGUAACAGUCUACCUUGAUCUCAUCCAGGCUACUCUUAUGUUUGCUCUCAAUAACAAAAUUAUUGGUUUGCAGUAUAAUAAUCUACCACAUAAUAUUAAGCUUUACCCUGUUGUGGGUGUGGCUCGGCGCUGCGAACUGAGGCUAGUUUCAGCUCACGUGUCUCAGCCCUCACUUCACUUGAUGUCUCUGGUGUCACAUAUAAUUGCACGGUGCAAAGCCCGGUCACCACAGUUAAAAAGUAAAAUGAUCAAGAUGCCCGAAGGUUCAUCUUUCAUGUGGCAUGGUGCUGUAUCAAUAGAUAAGUCACAGCUUCCACCCGGACUUAAAAAAGAUUGCAUUAUGCGCUACCCAUGGUUCUCUACUGAUCACAGAAUAAAACCCCUUACUCGUAUUCAGUCACAACAGAGACGACGUAGGAAUAAACACCAGAUGCCAAAAGUCAUUCGAUUAGCAGACCCUUUUGAAGUACCUAAACUGGUGACACCACAAAAUAAAUCAUCUAAACGUGCAAUUCGAAGUCGAAAGUGCCAAUGUGGUAAUAGUGACAAGGAUAGAAGUUGUUCCCACGAAAAGGUACUGCGAUUUUUCAGAAAGAGAGACAUAUGUUAUUUAAGCAGUAGUGACGAUGAAAUAUUUCCUGAAAUUGCUAAAAGGAAGAAGCAACACAGAUGACACGUGGACUUCACAUCGUGGUUUGCGUAUUCCUCUCGUCAUUUCUUGCGUUGUUGCUCAUAAAAAAAACCUUUUAUGCUCAUCCUAAUAUUUAUUUGUAUUUUUUUAUUUUAUUUUUAAAAGAUACUUACUGAAAGUUAAUAAGUAUCAAGACAAAUACAAAUUUCAAAUGUGUACCAGGCCAGUUCAUAAUACUCUAAUUUUACGCUGAUUUAUGCACAUGUUAUGUUGAUAAAGUUAUAGUGAUUGUGUUUUUUUAAUAUUCUUUUAGCAUAUCUUUCAUAAUAUAAAAUGUCUGAUAAUUUUUAACAAGGUAUCAAUUUAGUAACGUUAAGGUCUUCUAGACAUAAUAACAUAGGAUAAAACCCAUACUUGUGUAUUUGUGAAAUUUAUGUCAAGAAUUUCAACGUCUAAUCAACGUUGGACGUUGAGAUUUAAGUCUCAUCCUAAUCACACACUCAGACCUUGAUAAAGCACUCAGUAGAGUGCGAAAGACUUGGUGUAAAUUCCUUACAUAUAUUUCACAAAUACAAAAGUGUUGGUUUUUAGCCUAAGGUAUCAAUUAUUAUUUCUGAAGAGGCCAAACAGUGGCUUAUUGUAGUUAGCACUAAGAUACUGUAGCUCCAUACACAUGAGUCACAUCAACCUUAGUCAUUUUUAAUAGCCUUCUGGAGACCAAAGCCAGAACCUGGUCCACUCAGAAAGGCACAGGGAGCAGGGGAUUGUUAUUACCACCUUCACCAAGGAAACAUUCAGAAAGUAAGAUAAGCAAAACAGACAAUUGCAUGAAUAAAUCCACAAGGAACAUGAUGUCCAGGAUGAUCCCAGAUGCGCCUUAAUUGACUGAACCACGACACGGAAAAGAAUUGCAACCAGGAUUGCUACUACUCUCACACGGAUCCCGCAGUCUCUCCGAGACACAAACUAGGGUUUUACACAAUUCCUCAUUUAUUCGGGCUCCAAGUGUGAGAGCAGCAGCAAUCCCGGUUGCAAUUCUUUUCCAUGUCGUGGCUCAGUCGAUUAAGGCGUGUCUGGGAUCAUCCUGGAAGUAAGUUCGAACCCUCAUCAUGGUCCUUGUAAAUUUAUUCAUUUGAUAUAUCACACAAUUGUGAUUUCUGUGUGUAUAGACAAUUGCAUGGGUCUUAAAAAACAAGAAGUGAAGUAGCAAAUGACUGCAAACAAAAUUCACAGAACAUAUAAGCAAAAUAGAGAAUAGCUUUAAUAAGCUGGCAAACCCAGUCCUAGAUAUUAUCUAGUAUUGGCAGUAGGCAGAAGACUUCAACCUGCCCAGUCUAAGAUGAAGAAUAGUAAAAAAUAAUAUUAUACCUGGAAGUUAAUCUGGAAACAACCAACCACAGGUCAGAGAAGUACCUGUACUUAGAUUCUGUGACAAAUUUUCACUCAGCCUGCAGAUAACAAAGGCAACUAGGGCCAAAAAUAUUCUCGAUCUGAUCUUCACAAACAAUGAAGAAAUAAUCGGGAACAUUACAAUCUCAGAUACCACAUACUCCGAUCACAAGUUCAUUAAAGUGCAAACUAACAUCAAUACCAGUACUCAUAAUAGGUCUAACAAAAAAUUAUCAAGUGAAAGGGGUUAUUCAAAAAAUUCAAUUUUAAUAAAAGGAUUAACUGUGAAUAAAUAAAUAUAUAUAUGGAAUUUAAAAACAUUCAAUGGGAAACUGUUCUAAGUAAUAAAAAUCCCAAGCAAGGAAUAGAACAACUGACUGCCGAGGCACUUACAAUCUGUCUGAAACAUGUUCCUGCCAGGAAGAGGACCAGCUUAGAAAGAAAACAGUUGGUACUGUAGAAGACUAAAAUAAUAGAAAUGCUUUAGCAGACAACUAUGCCUACAAAGAAAGAAUAAUUUAAACAGGGAAAUUGAAGAAAUAGAACAGAGACUAAGGUAGUCAUAUCAUAUUGAAGAAAUACAAUUAGAACGAAGUCAUACAAGAGAUAAUGAUAAAUCCAAAAUAUUUCUUCUCAUAUGCAAAAUCAAAAUCAGAAACCACCUCCAGUAUUGGACCUACAGUAUUACUCAAAAGUAUGCAGCGCACUGCAAAGGGCACCACAUACUUAUGGUGAAGAGAGAAUGAUGGUCUUGUGUGUGAAAGAUUUUAGAUAGAAAUAUGCGACGGCUAUACAAUGUCACAGCAUCCGUUAGCUGUCUGUAGCAACCCACAGGCCAGGUGCCAGUCAGCCCCAGGCUGUCGGGGUGAUCAGUGAUGUGCAGCACAUUGCUCUUUGACCGUGGCUUGUCUACGCACUUAUUAGUGGUGCUUGUGGCAUUACAUUGUCAUUAUGACACCCAACAAGGAACUAAGCAAAGAAACCAUUGUUCAGAUCAUUACUUUAAAAGAGCCAGGUCAAAUAAACUUAGGUUUGGUCAUCCCAGAAGAUGUCUUCAAAGUCUGUGAACUUUUCUAAAACAUUCAUUGGAGAGUAACUGAGAAAGAAUUAUUGUAUCUGCACUCAGUUUUUCCACUGAAAAUUUUCCUCUUCAUAAUAUUGUGCCUCACUUUAAACCUUGUAAUUCAACCAUCACUUGCCUGGAACUCCUGAUGACUGCAAACCUGCUUGCAGCAUUUCUAUUUUUGGUAUACAGUACCUGUAUUUGGUAUCUAGCAUACCAAACUCGGUAGCAAAAACAGACACUUGGGCAACACCUUCAUAUUUUGCAGAGUUCUUAUUUCAUCUCUAUCGUUCUAACUAAUUUUCUUUUCAUUUGGCUUUUAUCACUAACUUUCAUAGGUGCAGUGUUGACUUAUUUGUGCUAAGAAUAUAACAAAAUAUCAAAGGAAACAUGAAAAAGUUUACAGAAAAGUUUAGUGGGAUUGUGCACUGAAUGACAGCUACUGGGAAACUAACUCGUCCUUUACAAGUAUUUUCACUCGAGUGCCAAGCAAAGGCCGACUACUGAGCACGAACAUAGCAUUCAAGUUUCAAAAUGUUAGAGUUAGGAGCCGUUCGAGUACCGAGGUUUUUCUGUACUUUAUCAUUGUCCCAUAUAUAAACCUGCAGGGUAUGUCUAGUCAUGGUACAUAGAGGACCUCCUCUUUACCAGUACAGUACUAGUUAUGAAUUGCUGCCAUUUUCUUGGCAUCUAAUUCAAAGAAACUAAAUACUUAUAGAGUUAACCAUAACUAAAUACAAGUGUUUUGGUAGUCCUCAUUUUAAUAAUUUUUUUUAACAUGUGUUAUAUACAGUAUAUCAAGAGAUAUUAAAGUUUACAUACAUACUCUUUGCCAUAGUUGAAAUAUUUUCCUAAAUUAUUUUUUUUGGGGGUUUAUGAUCUAAUAUUUUGUGCCCAUUUGUAAGAUUUGUGAGCUAUUAAAUUUAUUUUAAUUAA